UACAUUAAUUAUGUAUGCGUGUGUGCUCAAACGAGACAUUCUACUCGCUAACGAAUAUUCGCCCAUGAUUCCUUAUAUUUUUCGACACAAUUCUGACAACAUUUCUCGGGACGUACAGGACACUCAUAAAUAUAGUCCUUAAUAUUAGUUAGGAUUAGUAUCCUCUGAGCAGUCCCCAAGUAUAUAUCUGAACUCUACAUGUAGAAUUUUGUCACUUGAGACGAAUCCUCCUUAAGAAAUAUCGAACUCAGCAUAUUAAUUCUAAGUUAAUAUUACAAAUAACUUGUCUGUAAUCAUCAAUUACACUCAAACAUCAACAUGUGCGCAUUAUAUAAAUCUGUAGAACAUAACACAACAAUAUGGCACAGGCAUUGUAAUAGAUUCUUUAAUCCUAAUAUUUGUCACAUUUGUAAACGAAUGACUUAUUAUAGCAUAACGUGCAAUCAGUGCAACAUGAUCCGUUACUGCAGCAAGGAGCAUAAACUGUUGCACCAAGAGCAGCAUAAGUAUAUAUGUGCAGUUUUACAAGGUAUUAUAUCUUUAGGAAACAAAUGUGUCAACUUUGCUCGUCGUUUCAACCAGGAGGAAUGGAUCCAGUCGAGAAAAGAAUUAAUGCAUUUAGUUAAAUACACAUUGGUACGUGAUUUACAGCCGUAUGAAAAGCAGAUGAUCUUGUUGGCAAGGUCAUGUCUUAUUUGUCAUCAACAAGAGGGUCUCAAAACUUGUAUGACGUGCUAUUCCAGCAACUAUUGCGAUGAACACACAGAAGCUUUUCUAAACAAGCAUAAUUCCAAUUGCGCAAAACUUGUAUUAUGUUUUAAUUUAGCUCUUGAUCUUCCAUAUAAUUAUAUACGUAACGACAAAUUUGUUACGUUUCCCGAUGAGAAUAAACCCGUUGUUGACAUGAAGUCAUUUAUUCUACAAUAUAUACGAGUAGAAAGGAAUAUACAUUCUUCGUAUGCGGAAGACUAUUACUAUUCUGAUUACGUGUCAGGACCGUUAACACUGUAUUAUAUGAUGAAGAAUUUAAAGCUAUUACAUAUUUUCGGUGAAAAAGCGUCUACCUGUGUUGUACAUAUAAUAGCGGCAAGCUCAGUCGACACAGAAUAUGUCUCCGCAUGGGAAUUUCUCUUACAUCUUUUACAUAACGUGCAUUUAAAACUUGUAUUGAUAGGACCGGAACUAAAGAACAAAAGUGAUAGUAUCGAAGUUUGUCUGAAAUGUAAACACAUGUAUCGAAAUCUUAGUUUCGCAUCUUAUCGUAUGUUGUACCACACUUAUGUGAACAGUGCAUAUUAUAUACGGCCAAAUGUUAUAGUAGGAUUUCAAAACGAUUUUAGUAAUGAGGAAAUGUGGUCAGCAUCGCUUUUCAAAUUACGGGAUCAGGACUGUCCGUUCCUUGUUACCGCUGACUCGAAACUUAAAUCCGAUCAGAACAGAAGUAACAUAGAAAAAGUUCUAGGUACACUUUUAAAUUUAAUAUAUCAUGACGAAAAUAAAUUCAGCUCGGGUAUGCCAUAUAGAGAUUUUAGGAACGAUACUAUUUUCUACCGUAAUAAGUAUGUAGCUGUUUAUUUGAAUUUAUAUCCAUUGUUUUGGCCGGCUUUUUUAGAAGCUAUAAAAAUGUAAUAUCAAUAUGAUAAUAACAUUGUAAACAAUAUAAAUUUUAAAUGUAAUUUAUUAGGCAUAAACAAUAUAUAUAUAUA